AUGAACGGGGACGUGGCGGAGCCGGCGCCGGUGUGGGAGCGGCCCUGGUCGCUGGACGAGAUCCGCAAGAGCAGCCAGAGCUGGUCCUUGGCCUCGGACGCCGGGCUUCUGCAUUUUCUACAAGAAUUCUCACAGCAAACCAUUUCCAGGACACACGAAAUCAAAAAACAGGUGGACGGCUUGAUCAGUGAAACAAAAGCUACCGACUGCCGCCUUCAUAAUGUUUUCAAUGACUUUCUUAUGUUGUCCAACACACAGUUCAUAGAGAAUAGAGUAUAUGAUGAAGAAGUGGAAGAGCCUAUUCCCAAAGCUGAUGUUGGAGACAAAACUGAGCAGGAAAAGACGCGGGAACAGAAAGAAGCUGAUCUAAUCCCUAAAAUUCAAGAAGCAGUGAAUUAUGGGUUGCAGGUUCUGGACAGUGCAUUUGAACAGCUAGACAUCAAAGCAGGGAACUCUGACUCAGAAGAGGAAGAAAGUAAUGAAAGAAUGGAACUGAUACUUGAGCCAAAGGAUCUCUAUAUUGAUAGACCUUUACCUUACUUGAUUGGCUCUCAGCAGUUUAUGGAACAGGAUGAUGUUGGCCUUGGGGAUCUCUCUAGUGAAGAAGGAUCAGUAGAUAGCGAUCGUGGAAGUGUAAUUGACAGUGAAGAGAAGGAUGAGGAGGAAUCAGAUGAUGAAUUUGGGAACCCUAGUGAAGAUGACCAAAAGACGAGGAUAGCCCAAAUGAGUGAUGAAGAUGAUGAUGAUGGCUGCGAUCUCUUUGACUCUGAAAAGGAGGAGGAUGAGGAAGGAGACUUAGAUGAAAGCACAAAGCCUAAAAAGAAGAGGCCAACAUCAUUUGCAGAUGAGCUGGCAGCUCGAAUCAAAGGAGAAGUGCCAGUCAGACAAGAUGAAGAGUGUUCAUCCCUGUCAUCAGAGACCAAAACAAGGAAAACUCCAAAAGAGAAGAAGGAAGUUAGAGUUCCAUCAGAUGAUGAAGAUGAUGACAUCUUCAAGCCUCCUAAACUGACUGAUGAUGACUUCACACCGUUUGGUUCACGGGGUGGCCUCUUCAGUGGUGGAACAGGCCUCUUUGAUGAUGAAGAGAGUGAUCUUUUUGCUGAGGCACCAAAAGGAGAAGAACCAAAAGAGAGAGAGGAGCAAGCCCCAGUAAGUGAAGCAUCCUCUACAAAGUCCUUAAAGAAAGUUCCUGCAGGUGCAGUAUUUCUGUUUCCAGGAGGAAGUGAUGUGUUUAGUUCCACUGUAAUUGGGGAAAAAGACAAGAAAUCUGCAGCACGGAGCACAGAAAAAACACCUAAGCAACCUGGGAAAGUUGUUCUAUUUGAUAAUGAUGAUGAUGAUGACUUCUUUGUGGAAGCAACUAAAAAGCCUCCAGAUCCAGUCAAAUCUACAGCUGACCUAUUUGAUGAUGAUGAAGAAGGUGAUUUAUUCAAGGAGAAACCUGCCGUUCCUUCUGUGGUUUCUGGCACAGCUAAAGAAACAGAAAGCCAUAGGGAGGCAAUUGUGGAAAAAAAGAGUCAACAGUCUUCAGGUGAGGACUUCAAGCCUUUGUCUGAAACACCUGCAAGAAAACAGAGGGGCCUUUUCUCGGAUGAGGAGGAUGCUGAGGAUUUGUUUUCAUCAAGUAAAGCUGUGAAGUCCAAAGCUACAUCUCUCCCCACCAGCAAGUCCAUGACAAAAGCUCCACUUUCCUUGUUUGAUGAUGAUGAAGAGGAUCUCUUUGGUGUGGGACCUGCCAAGAAGGACCAGGAAAAGACCCCAGAAGCAAGAGCAAAACAGUCAGGGUCUCUCAAGAAAGCUUCCAGCUUAUUGUUCAGCAGUGAUGAGGAGGAACAUUGGAAUGUCUCCAAGCCAGCUAAGCCUCCUUCUGAGGAUGGCCGAAAAGAAGAUCCUGCAAAACCAGCAAGCACUGUCAGUCAGGCUAAAGAUGUGAAGACAACAAGUCUCUUUGAGGAAGAAGAUGAGGAGGAUUUAUUUGCAAUCACUAAAGAGAGCCAAAGAAAGCCACAGAAGCCAUCAUUGUUAUUUGAAGAUGAUGAUAUUAAUGGAGAAUCACUCUUCAGCUCCCAGUCAGUGCUACUCCCUUCAGCUGCCAAGGUUGCAGUGGAGAAAGUAAAACCAGCUCACACACCACCUACCUUUAAUGAAGAAGAAAAGGAGGAAAAGGAAGAUCUGCCAGAUGAAACAGUGAAGUCUAACCAGCCUUUUACAGUAAUAUCUUCAGAGCCAGCUGACAAUUCAGAUUUGUUUGCAACAUCACCACCAGCUCUGGAGAAAGAUGUGAAAAGCCAAGCUAAGAAAGUGUUAAGCUUAUUUGAGGAGGAAGAAGAGGAGAGACUGGAAGAUGAUGAUGGCAUAAAAAAUGCACAGAAAGGAGUUGAUGUGGCUUCUGAGAAAAGUACUGGGCCCAAAAGCACUGGGGUCUUUCAAGAUGAAGAGCUUCUCUUCAGUCACAAACUUCAGAAGGACAAUGACCCAGAUGUUGACCUCUUUGCCAGCCCCAAGAAAUCAAUGUCUGCAAACCGUAUCCUGAAGCCAUCACCUGGAGGAGGGCUCUUUGGGGAUGAUGAUGAGGAUGAUCUCUUCAGUACUGCUAAAACAAACAUUCCGAAAAUGGCCGAGAAGAAAACUCUUCAGACCAGUGUUGGCCCUUCCUCAGUGAGCAGUAACUUAGAAAAUGCUUUAAGUGCCAAGCAAGAUGAGACUCUGAAGGCAGCAACUACAGAGAAAUCUACAGGUCCUGUUCCCAUUAAAAUCAAAGAGCCUUCAUCUCGGAUUGGAAAGCUACAAGCUAACUUAGCUAUUAACCCUUCAGCCUUACUACCUGGUGCAAUGCCUAAGGUUUCCAAUCUCAAGUCCCCCUUACCAGUGCUGGACACUCCAUUACAUGAGCCCAAGGAAGUGCAGAACAGCGAAACCUUCUCUGCCACAGGAAGCAAUGAAGAGAUGGGUGUAAGCUUUGAUCAGCCCGUGCAAGCAGACACCUUGCACAACGCCAAUAAGACCAGGAUCAGGGUUCCAGGGAAGCGCAGACCCCCAAGCAGAAUGGCGCGGCGUCUGGCUGCCCGAGAGGCUGAAGUGAGUGAGGACAUGGACUCUAAUAAAGAGCCACAAUUCUCUCUACCAAAACAGAUGUCAGCAGUAGAGAGCAUAAAGGAGCCUCUUGCUGCUGAAGCAGAGUCCAAGGAAAAUGGCUUUCUCUCUAGCUUGUCACUACCAGCUCACAGCAGUGUUUUGUCUGCUGGGACAAACAAACUCCUUCCUCCAGAAUCCACAGAAAAUGGGGAUGAUCUGUUUGAAUCUGAAGACCUUUUUGCAAGCAGCUCAACAUCCAGACCAGUUACACAACCAAAGCUGAAGGAAGGAAUGCCAGACAGUAUGGCUAACAAACCCAUAAAGGGCAGGGAGAAAAAGCCUGAUCUGGGUGACCAGGACAGCAAUGAUCUCUUCCAGCCUGUACAACAAAAGUCUUCAACAAAAAGCAGCCCUAUACCUUUUUUGGAGGAAGAGGAAGAUUCUCUCUUCACCUCUCAAAAAACUGGAAAAAAGGAGUUAAAAUCUGCUGUCCACCAAGCAGUUGACCCUACUGCCCAAGAUAUCUUUGAGGAUGAUAUAUUUGCUACUGAGGCAAUUAAGCCAGUGACCAAAAUUAAAGAGAAGAUGCCAGAGACAAACCUGUUUGAUGAUAACAUUGAUAUUUUUGCGGAUCUAACUGCAAAACCAAAAGAAAAGAAGACCAAGAAGAAGGUGGAACAAAAAUCCAUAUUUGACGAUGAUAUGGAUGAUAUCUUCUCUAGCAGCCAAGUCAAGAUACCUACUCCUAAACCCAGAUCUUCCCAAGCAGCCUCAGAAUCAAAAUCUGAAAGCAAGAUCCUGAGCACAUUUGAUGACCCGCUGAAUGCCUUUGGAGGCCAGUAGUCAAGGGGAUGUGUUGCAGAGAAGCAGCCUUCCUUAGCCCUGUCCAGUACUAAUACUCUGGAUUCUCUAAUUCACUAGAACUGGAAUGAGAUGGACGUGGAUAUUUAAAUGAGAUUACCCAUUUAAAAUGGUUAGUAUUCUCUUGUGCUAGUCUAAUUCUGCUAAAUUAUAUAUUUUUUAAAAAAUACAGUAACCUCCUGCUAUCAUGUUUCCAUGGUGCCGAGAUGAAUACAGCCUGUGCAAUACCUGCAAUGAAGUAAUCUAUUAUAUAAAGUAUAGUUUGUUUUAUUGAACAGAUCUAUAGAUAAAAUAAUUGAUAAAUAGUAAAUGGAGUCUGUUAAACUUGA